AACGAAUCCUUCUUCCUACUCCAUUCCUCUCUUUGCCACCACUUGUGGAUAUUUGAUUCUCCACCCCCUUUCACUUCCUUUCGUCUUCGAGAAAGAUUACUGGAAAGAAAAGAAGAUGGUUUUCUCCUCUGUCCCAACCUAUCUGGAUCCACCUGAACGGAACCAGAGCUUUCAGUUUCUGGCCGCUGCAGGCGGAGGCAGCGAGGCUUCUCAGCUCUUCCCGAGGUUGGAAGCGCAGGGAACGGAAGCUGGUGUGGCAGCUGCAGGGUCGGCCAGGCCUAUCUCCAUGGCAGAACGAGCUCUCCUCGCGAAGAUCCCACAUCCCGAGCAGCCGCACAAGUGCCCGCGGUGCGACUCCAGCGACACCAAGUUCUGCUACUUCAAUAACUAUUCCCUCUCGCAGCCCCGCCACUUCUGCAAGACCUGUCGACGCUACUGGACCCGAGGCGGCGCCCUCCGAAACGUCCCUGUGGGCGGAGCCUGCCGUCGCAACAAGCGGAACAAAUCCUCGGGAAGCUCCUCCAAAUCAACCGCCACUACCUCCACCGCUGACCGUCGGGCUGGUACCUCAUCCUCAUCCUCCACCGCCGCGGGCGGUGGUAACGCCGAGCGACCCUUCUUCUCCGCCAUGCACACUCUCGUCGAUCCGGCAGGGUAUCAGGUAGGAAGGAGCAGCCUGGGUGUCGGGCUCGAGCGGUGGAGGAAACCACAGAUCCAGCAAUUCCCUUUCCUGGGAGGACUAGAGCCACGACCAGAGCCGCCCGCGUACCGUCUCAACGGAGAAGGCGUAGUUUCGGCGAAGAUAGAAGACAACUCCCACGGGCUACGUUUGCCAAGGCAGUGUUCAGAUCUUCUCGGAACUGAGCAAUACUGGAGUGGUGGUGGUGGUGAAGGCGGCAGCACCAACAGCGGAGGUUGGGCGACACAGCUAUCGGAUGUAACCUAAGCGUUGGAACCCUACUUUUGCCAUGGGUUGGAGAAGGAACAACCGGAGUAAUCAAGGAAGAAGAACAUGAUCACUAUUCCAUGCAUCUUUCCUUGAUGUAAACGAGGAAACUUGCUUAUUACUGGAAUCUCAAACGAUGGCUGCUCAAGUGUUGGAAGACUACCAAUAUCCUCAAUGGCAUGCAAUCAAAGAACUCGGUCAUGAUGCAUGACGAGGUUUCCUUUAUCUUUUCUAGAACUUUGGAGCCUAUUCUUUGACUGUUACGGCAUCUUCUUUGGACUUCUGUCCCUCCAAAAUUUACUGGAAUCUAUCUACGCCAUCGGGAAUCCCAACUCCCCAUGAAA